CAGACGCGUUUCCGCUUCCUCGAACCAAAUGGCACGCCAUCGAGGACGAGGUGCACGAUGAGACCCACGCUCAAUGUCCGGCUGCUGGGCGUCGGCGGGGCUGGCUCGGGGGGGCUAGCCUCGGAUUUGCGCCUGGCGCUCGCCUCGCCCGUCCAGGGCUUUGACCCCUACCGGAUCCUGCUCCAGAUCGUCUCGCUGCAGGCGCUCCACUACCUCGUCCUCUGUCUCGUGGCGCCGCCCUGCGCGGCACUCUUUCCCUACAUCCAGACGGACCGGCUCGAGUUCCAGGGUGGCGCCAUGAGUCUCGGCCUCGUGCUCGACUGGCGAGAGAUCAGUGGUGUUCCCACGGCAGGCAGAGCCGCAUGGGCGACGACCAGCGGCAGCACGAGCGCGAUGGAGAGCGACAGGUGGGACGAGGCUCAAGGGCUGGACCGGUGGUGGGACUCUGCCGCCUACCUUCUUCCGCCCACGACGGCGGCGGCAGAAGAAAGAGGGCCGAUCAAGGUCACCGUAGGUGAUGUCGGCUGGAUCGGAUCGCGACCCGCCAGCGUCCACUCGAUUGACGCUGCUCCACCCUCCGCCAAGGGCAAGACAAAGUCACCGGCGUGGUACCGCGCAACGGCCCAGGAUCCCUCUCGGGGCUGGUCCAUUGUCCUUGCUUGGGUCUUGACGGGCAUCGCAGACGUCUACCUCCUCGCCCUCCUCGUCCGUCGGCCGACCCACAUCCUCGACCAUACCCUCACGCUCCACUUUUGGCAUGCCGUUCUGACGACGCUCUACACGAGGCAGCUCCCGCGCAGCCUCUUUUACUGGAUGGUCAUGUGUGCCCACGCUGGUGGGUGCGUCGUCUGGGCAGAGGCCCUGGCCAUUGGCCGCGAGAUGAAGGGAUGGACGAGCGGCCUGGGCAGGCAGCACGGUGACAACGACGACGAAGACGAUAACAACGACGAUGAGGAGCAGGUGCACGAGCACGAUGGUCUGCUGCGUGGUCAAGCUGGGCGGACUGGUGCGCACCAAGACAGUGACUCGGGCCGACGUGAGGAACGAGGCGCCAACAAUGGCGUCGAUGGUCUGGCGGCCGAUCGGCCGAAGAUGAAGAGCUCGAGGUCGCCCACCACGCAUGUCGUCUUUGAUCACGACGAGGUCCUCGACAGUGAUCAGGAAGACGACCAUAGAGACGCUGCUGCAGGGCGAAAGGGGAAAGCAAAUGGCCAUUCGGCAGAAGCAAUCGAGAUGAAAAGACUUGACUAGGCUUCCUUGAUCAUGACUUGGUAAUUUGAUCACAUUUAAAUGCAAGUGUGUGGUGCAGCUCUAGUCC